AUGGAGAAGAUGUUCGGCCUGCUCCAGGUGGACCAAUCAACGGUGGCCAUGGUGGAACAUUUUGGGCGGUUCGUGAAGGCGCUCGACCCGGGCUGCCACUGCGUGCCGUGGUGCUGCUGCUACCGGCCCGCGGGGCUCAUGAGCCUCCGCGUGCGCCAACUUGACGUGCGCUGCGAAACCAAAACCAAGGACAACGUGUUCGUCACUGUGGUCGCAUCGAUACAGUACCAGGCGAUUCGCGAGCAGAUCGAGGACGCCUUUUACAAGCUGCAGGAUCCCCAGGCGCAGAUUCGAUCAUACGUCUUCGACGUGGUGCGCGCCAGUGUGCCCAAGAUGGAUCCGGACCGUGUGUUUGAGAUGAAAAGCGAGAUCUUUCAUUCUUCUCCUCUCCUCCAAUUCCCGCUUUCCCCGUUCCUUUCCGCCCUCUCCUUGCUCUUCCCGGCAGUGGUGCGCGCCAGUGUGCCCAAGAUGGAUCUGGACCGUGUGUUUGAGGUGAAGAACGAGAUUGCUCAUACAGUGGAGGAGGAGCUUGAGAAGGUGGGGGUGUGGGGAGGGGCAGAGGAGGAGGUGCGCGCGAGCGUGCCUAAAAUGGAUCUGGACCGUGUGUUUGAGGUGAAGAACGAGAUCGCACACACAGUGGAGGAGGAGCUUGAGAAGGUGAGGGGAAGGUGGGGCUGGGGAGAGGGGGGGAAGGGGGGGACGCAGCGGAGGGGGGAGGGCAGCGGAGGUGCGUGCAAGCGUACUGCAGAGUACCGUGUGUUCGAGGUGAAAGAACGAGAUUGCUCAUACCGUGGAGAGGAGCUUGACAAGAACGAGAUCGCUCAUGCAGUGGACUCGAGUGGGGUGGAGGAGGAGCUCGAGAAGGCAAUGAGGACGUACGGGUACCGCAUUGUGCAAACGUUGAUAGUGGAUGUGGAGCCAGACCAUCGCGUGAAGGCCGCCAUGAACGAGAUUAAUGCCGCCCAGCGCAUACGCAUGGCCACACAGGAGAAGGCAGAAGCCGAGAAAAUUCUGCAGGUGAAGAAGGCAGAAGGAGAGGCAGAGGCCAAGUACCUGGCAGGCGUGGGCGUGGCGAGGCAGAGACAGGCUAUCGUGGACGGGUUGAGGGACAGCGUGCUGGGGUUCUCGGACCAAGUGCCGGGGACUACACCCAAGGACGUGCUGGACAUGGCAGGCACCACACCCAAGGACGUGCUGGUCAUGGUGAAGAGGCUGGGCGGUGGUGAGUGGGAGAGGGUGUGUUGGGCGGUGCAGGCGCGGGGCAAUGAUGCCAGCACCACAUCCAAGGAAGAUGUGCUGGAUAUGGUGAGAGGGUGGGCGGAGGGCGGGAGGAGUGGGAGUGCUGGACGAGUGAGUGAGAUGGGUGCCCGUGCAGUGCAGGUCAUGCUAUCGCAGUCAGUCGACACCAUGAGGGACAUUGGUCAUGUUGGCGCAGUCAUGCUGACGCAGUAUUUCGACACCAUGAGGGACAUCGGCGCCAACAACCGGUCGUCCACCAUCUUUGUGCCGCACGGGCCGGGCGCAGCGGCGGAUAUUGCUGCCCAGAUCAGAGACGGGAUGAUGCAGAGCAUCACCGCUGCAAGAACUAACAUGUAA